AUGGACUACCAAAACCGCGCCGGUAGUAAAUUCGGCGGCGGUGGCGUCGCUUCCACCAGCGCCACCAACGCCGACCGCCGCGAACGACUCCGCAAACUCGCCCUCGAAACCAUCGAUCUAGACAAAGACCCGUACUUCUUCAAAAACCACGUCGGAUCCUUCGAAUGUCGACUCUGCCUCACCGUCCACCAAAACGAUGGAUCCUAUCUCGCACACACGCAGGGACGCAAGCACCAGACCAAUCUCGCGCGGCGCGCCGCACGCGAGGAGAAAGAGGGUCGAGCAGGUAUCGAUCCCAUUACUGGGUUACCUGUGGGUAUGGUAGGAGCGCAAGUUAGCGUGCGCAAGAACAUGGUGAAGAUUGGACGGCCUGGGUAUAAGAUUACGAAGACGCGGGAUCCGGUUACGAGACAGCAGGGGUUGUUAUUUCAGUUGCAGUAUCCUGAGAUAGCGGCGGAUGUGCAGCCGCGCAUUCGCUUUAUGAGUGCGUAUGAGCAGAAGGUGGAGGAUCCAGAUAAGGAUUUUCAGUAUAUGUUGGUAGCGGCUGAGCCUUAUGAGACGUGUGGAUUCAAGUUGCAGGCGAGGGAGAUUGAUCGCUCGAAUGAUAGGUAUUGGACUUGGUGGGACUCUGAUUUGAAGGAGUUCUGGGUUCAGAUUAUGUUCAAGACGGAGAGAGAGGAGAGAUAUAGUGGUGUGCCUGGUUUGGCUCCAGUCAGGUGA